AUGGACUCCAACUCUUACUGGAGUUCACAAGAACUCAAUUACAACUACAAGUCAGAUCCGUUUUAUGACCCAAACUCUAACGGGAUAAUGCCAGAGCUAAAGCAAGUUCCACUUCCAACCGAAGACUUCACAAACUUUGAUAUCGACGACGUAUUAAAACAAACGCUCCACAAUUUGGAGGAUUUGGACAUUCCAAUAGGGCCAGCAUCUAUUGGUGUGAAUGCUAGCAGUUAUGGUCAACAUCCACAACACAAUAAAGGCCACUCCAGGAAAACUAGUGGAAGUGGGAUAUUUGGUUUUACUGGUGAAAACAGACAGUUGUGUAUACCAGGAAUAUCCCCCCAGUUGCUCCGGAAAACUCCAAAGACUGUUCAAAUGCCAGAUUUGGAGACAGAUCGGUAUACGGAUGAGCCUCCAGGACACUAUUUGAGUUCUGAUUGGGAUUUACCAUUGGAAAGUCAGAUCCUCCCUCCCUCAAGCGGAGUGACAUUGCUGCCAAGCUCGCCAGUUAAGGAGCCAGAAAGUGGACGUCCUGAUCACUAUAAGUUCCCUCCAUCUGAUAGAACCAGUACCUUGGAUUCAUCAGAGAGAGAAAAAGAUCAGAUAUAUAAGAACCAUUUUUCUGUCAACUACUUAAAAUCAUUGACAAGAAUGGAUAAACACCAUGAGAAUGGACUGGAACCUAUAAAUAACCAGUCAAUUGGCAACACAGGACAUAUAAACAACUUCGCCAGAGAACCCCGGUAUGUUGACGAUAUUACACCUCUAUUGGAAACGAAUUUUGACUCCAACGUUGAGGAAAGUCAUAUUGAUCCAAAUAAACCUUUGGAAGAACAAACUGCCGAACAUCAGGGACAAUUUUUCUCUCAAAAGCCCACACAAACUGUUCAGAUGCGGUCUCUCCCUGUUCCCGCUCCUAAUUUAGUGCCCACUUCUAGUCCUAUUGCAAUCCCAAUUCCCGCCAACAGUGGAACGAUAGGACAACAGCAGAAUAGCUCACCUUCCUUCAAAGGAUUCAUGGCUAAUUCCUCUCCUUUACGUCCAGAUAUCUAUCAAACCCCACAGCACCAACACCACCAAAUACUGGGAAUCACCCCAGAUACCCCAGAUAGGAGACCUGAUAGUGGAGUAUCUUGGAAAAUUGUUGUCGAUGGACAAAUCGAUUCCACCGAUAGCUCUCCAACCCGAAAGUGCUCAACCAUGAAAACCACCCUUCCAAGAGGACACUUAGACUAUUACUUUGUGGGACCUAAUGAGGACCGCCUGUACACAUGUAUGUACAACAACUGUGGUAAGUUAUUCACACGAAUAUCAAACAUUAGAGCUCAUGUCCAAACACAUUUAUGUGAUCGACCAUUCACCUGUGAUAUAUGUGGGAAAAAGUUCGUCAGAAAUCAUGAUCUUCGAAGGCAUAAAAAGAAACAUCAAGAUUACACUCAAGUCUGCCCUUGUGGAAAAAAGUUCUCUCGAAGGGAUGCUUUGAAAACACAUAGAGAAAGAAAUAUAUGCAUAGGAGGUUUUGAUAGUGACAGAGGAGUCUCCAAAUCAGAUGUUGGCAAAGGACGGCCGAAAAAAAUAAAACAGCUGGAGGCAGGGGAUAUAGUUGUAGCCAUGGUGAACGAAAUGGAUGAUUCUCCAAUCAAACAAACUAUGAAAUCACCCAAAGAGAGGAAACAAGAUCAUGUGACAGAGCAAACUGAAGAAAAACAACAAUCGAAACAAAGUGAAGACUCCAAAAAUCUGAAGCUGGACUUGUAUGAGGAGAAAACCGAUGUUGACGAUAAACAGGAAUUUGAUUACUUGGAAGAUGAUUAUUCAUUCAAUGACCUCAGUUUCCGUAGCACACAGUUUGCUUAUUAG